AUAAAAUGCUAUAGCGGCUGCACGGCUCUGUCACUAGUAUCGGCGGCAGAGGAGCGCACAGGCCGGACGUGCUGAAGGGAGAGACCAUAAAAGGGAGGCCGCAGCUCCGGGAGAAACACUAAGGGAACCGACUGGGGGGAGACGCCGCCCGGGACCUCGCUGUACACACAUCCCCCGACUACCUCGGCUCAUCCUGGUCUGAGAACCCCCGCGAAUCGAUAUCGUCGCGGGCAAGGGAUCUCAGGGCGACGCAGGCAUCAGUCGCUUUGUAUGAACACGUCCUUACAGCUAAUAGCGACCGAUACCUGCCCCUAGCCCAGAAACCGUGCCCGAGGCUCGUAUGGGAAGAGCCUUGUAGACACACCGCCGAGAAGAAGCGAAACACGGUGACCAGAAGGGGGGAGCGAUCCGGCCAUGGAGAACGCACACACCAAGACGGUGGAGGAGGUGCUGGCGCAUUUCAACGUGAACGAGAGCACGGGGCUGGGACUGGAGCAGGUCAAGAAGCAGAAGGAGCGAUGGGGGCCCAACGAAUUACCUGCAGAAGAAGGGAAAACACUAUGGGAAUUGGUGAUUGAACAGUUUGAAGACUUACUAGUUAGAAUCCUGUUACUUGCUGCCUGUAUAUCGUUUGUAUUGGCGUGGUUCGAGGAAGGCGAAGAAACGAUCACAGCCUUUGUAGAGCCUUUUGUAAUUUUACUUAUAUUAGUAGCAAACGCCAUUGUGGGCGUCUGGCAGGAAAGAAAUGCUGAAAACGCCAUUGAAGCCCUCAAGGAGUAUGAACCUGAGAUGGGCAAAAUUUACCGACAGGACCGAAAGAGUGUCCAGAGGAUUAAAGCCAGAGAUAUUGUCCCCGGCGACAUUGUCGAAGUUGCUGUUGGAGAUAAAGUCCCAGCAGACAUACGACUAACUUCCAUCAAAUCCACCACCUUAAGAGUAGACCAGUCUAUCCUUACUGGAGAGUCCGUGUCUGUAAUCAAGCACACUGACCCAGUCCCUGAUCCCCGAGCUGUAAAUCAAGAUAAGAAAAACAUGCUGUUUUCUGGUACAAAUAUUGCUGCUGGUAAAGCCAUCGGUGUGGUGGUGGCAACUGGCGUCAACACUGAAAUUGGCAAGAUUCGUGAUGAAAUGGUAGCUACAGAGCAAGAGAGGACUCCUCUGCAGCAGAAGUUGGAUGAGUUUGGGGAGCAGCUUUCUAAAGUGAUCUCCUUAAUCUGCAUUGCUGUGUGGAUCAUCAACAUUGGACACUUUAAUGAUCCCGUGCACGGUGGCUCUUGGAUAAGAGGAGCAAUCUACUAUUUCAAAAUUGCUGUUGCCCUGGCUGUUGCUGCUAUUCCUGAGGGUUUGCCUGCAGUCAUCACCACUUGUUUGGCUUUGGGUACUAGAAGAAUGGCAAAGAAAAAUGCAAUUGUCAGGAGCUUGCCAUCAGUUGAAACACUGGGCUGUACAUCAGUUAUUUGCUCUGACAAGACCGGUACUCUAACCACUAACCAGAUGUCUGUCUGUAGGAUGUUUGUUGUCGACAGAGUUGAAGGCGACUCCUGCUUUCUGAAUGAGUUUUCAAUAACUGGCUCCACUUAUGCUCCCACGGGAGAAGUGCUAAAAGAUGAUAAACUUGUGAAAUGCCACCAGUAUGAUGGACUGGUAGAGCUGGCCACGAUUUGUGCACUUUGCAAUGAUUCAUCUCUGGACUUUAAUGAGGCUAAAGGAGUCUAUGAGAAAGUUGGGGAAGCUACGGAGACUGCUCUUACCUGUUUGGUUGAAAAAAUGAAUGUGUUUGACACAGAUCUGAAGGGACUGACGAAAAUUGAGCGUGCUAAUGCUUGUAACUCGGUUAUAAAACAACUUAUGAAGAAGGAAGUCACAUUGGAAUUCUCAAGAGAUAGAAAAUCAAUGUCGGUGUACUGUACGCCAAACAAGCCAAGUCGUACCAACAUGAACAAAAUGUUUGUCAAGGGUGCCCCUGAGGGCUUAAUCGAUCGCUGUACCCAUAUCCGUGUUGGUAGCGGAAAAGUCCUUUUGACUCCAGGAAUUAAACAGAAGAUAACGAGUGUGAUCAGAGAGUGGGGUUCAGGCAGAGACACCCUGCGCUGCUUGGCGCUGGCAACGCAUGAUAACCCACCACGGAAAGAGGACAUGAAUCUGCAAGAAUGUACCAAUUUUAUCAAGUAUGAGACCAAUCUGACAUUUGUUGGCUGCGUUGGCAUGUUGGACCCUCCAAGAACAGAAGUGGCAGCAUCAGUAAAGAUGUGUAGGCAGGCUGGUAUUCGCGUGAUCAUGAUUACGGGUGAUAACAAAGGAACGGCCGUCGCAAUUUGCAGACGUGUUGGUAUCUUCCGUGAAGAUGAAGAUGUUACGGAGAAGGCUUUCACUGGCCGUGAAUUUGAUGAGCUAUCUCUAGCUGCUCAGAGGGAUGCUUGCAUGAAUGCACGGUGCUUUGCUCGUGUAGAGCCUUCGCACAAAUCAAAAAUUGUUGAAUUUCUACAGUCUUUUGAUGAAAUUACUGCUAUGACAGGUGAUGGUGUAAAUGAUGCCCCUGCUCUCAAAAAAGCAGAGAUUGGAAUAGCUAUGGGGUCCGGAACAGCAGUUGCUAAAACGGCCUCAGAAAUGGUUCUGGCUGAUGACAACUUCUCCACUAUUGUAGCUGCUGUGGAAGAGGGACGGGCGAUUUACAACAACAUGAAGCAAUUCAUCCGCUACCUCAUCUCUUCUAAUGUUGGAGAAGUGGUUUGUAUUUUCCUGACUGCUGCCCUUGGCUUCCCAGAAGCAUUAAUUCCUGUUCAACUGUUGUGGGUGAAUCUAGUAACAGACGGCCUUCCUGCCACUGCAUUGGGCUUCAAUCCUCCGGAUCUGGACAUUAUGAGCAAGCCACCACGUAAUCCCAAGGAACCUCUGAUCAGUGGCUGGCUAUUCUUUCGCUAUCUUGCUAUUGGAUGUUAUGUUGGUGCCGCUACAGUUGGAGCCGCAGCCUGGUGGUUUAUUGCAGCUGAAGAUGGACCAAGAGUUACUUUCUACCAACUGAGCCACUUUCUUCAGUGCAAACCGGACAACCCAGAAUUUGCAGACGUUUCAUGUGAAGUCUUUGAGUCUCCAUACCCAAUGACUAUGGCAUUGUCUGUCCUAGUUACUAUUGAAAUGUGUAACGCUUUGAACAGCUUGUCUGAAAACCAGUCCCUUCUGAGGAUGCCUCCAUGGGAGAACGUCUGGCUCCUGGGAUCCAUUUGCUUAUCCAUGUCACUCCAUUUCCUAAUUCUUUAUGUAGAGCCAUUACCGCUUAUCUUCCAGAUUACCCCGUUGGACUUGAUUCAGUGGUUGAUGGUGCUGAAAAUCUCAUUACCUGUUAUACUUCUGGAUGAGGCACUUAAAUUUGUUGCCCGUAACUACUUGGAACCUGGUAAAGAGUGUGAAAAGCCUGCCGCCAAACCGUGCACUUUUUCCGCAUGCACUGAGGGGAUUUCUUGGCCGUUUGUGUUCAUUUUCUUGCCUUUGAUUAUCUGGCUUUACAGCACCGACACUAACAUUACUGAGAUGUUCUGGUCUUGACUGACAUUUUUACAGAAUGGAAAUGUUUAACUUAACCUGUUCAUUUUUUUUUGUUUUUUUUAUUGUUUAAAGCAACUGUCUAUUUCUGCUGAAUUUUCACAUGAACUUAGUGCUGGUGAAGGCAAGUUUGUUUCUCAUACUAGGUCUUAUUUUCUCAUUUUGCUCCCAUCUACCCCAUCCAAACCUCUUGACAGCCAGCUAUUUUUUUUUAUUUUUUUAUUUUUUUUUAUACAUAAUGUUCUUUGCCGUGUACAGAGGACUAACUAUUUUAUGCAAAUAUUUUUUGUAGAUGGAAAAAGCAUGUACAGUGUUCAGUUUCAUAAUAUCCAUUCUCAUUUAAAGAAGCAAAAAACUAAAAAAAAAGGAAGCAAAAAGGAACUCUUAAUUUGAUCCAAUGGACAUUAUCUGCCGAAAAUUGGUAGCAGAUUUAGGGAAUGUGUGACAAUAAUUAACUAAAAUUACAAAGCAUGCUCUGUGUUUCUGCAUGGUCAUUUGGUUUUGAUUCUCAUUAUACUGUCUGUCUGAUGGGCUUUUUUUUUAUAUAUUAAUUUAGCCAUAAGCCAGUUUUCUUUUCUGCACUAAGCAGAUAACUGCUACCUCAGUCAGUAUUUUGUGUUCCAGUCUCUCAUUUCACUUCUUUUCUGUUUACACCACUCUGAUUCUCUGUAAGAGGUAUGCCCAUUCUUGCUUGUGCAGACUUCCCAACAAGUUCAAAUCGUUCAAAUUCCUUCCAUUCAUUUUUAAGGUUAUUUAUUUAAAUGUCUAAUGUAUUUUUAUUGUAGCCACCCCCCCCCCCCCCCCCCCCCCCCAGUGUUGCCCAUUUCAUGGACUAUACUUCACAGCCUAGUAAAAAAAAAAAUAAUAAAACCUUUUAAUGGACAGAGCAACAUGUCUUGUCUUACGAAUGCUUUAUCACCAUAAGUUCCUUAUGUUUUCUUUUUUAAUAAUUCAUUUUCUAUAUAGAACGUUAUGAAUGCGUGUAAUCAGAAAAUUGCACUGCAACGAGGCAGCUGGAUUAUAUUUCAGUUGGCGAGCGACCAUUCAUCUGUUAUCAUUGCAAGUUAUUCUUCUAACCUGUAUUAACCAGAGUUGGGGAAAUAACUUUGUAUUUAACUUCCUGUUUUAUUUUGUAAAACCUGUAAAUAGCACAUGACCAAAUGAACAUAUUGUAUAGAUCUAUUUUUAUUUUAAAGUGACACUAAUAACCUUCAUUUAACUGUUAGAGCAUGUUUUCAGGUUGACUUCCCUCAGCCACCAAAGUUUAGGUCAUUAAACGUCCUAAUUGUGGUGUUUUUCUCCAAAUGCCUUCCAACACUCAAUCAACUAAAGUGAGUAUUCAUUGCCUUUGAAACACUCCGUCGUAGCCGGUUCAUGUAACGAUGCAAGAAAUUACAGUCUGUAUUGUUGCUAAAGAAUAAAAGUGGUUAAGUUUCCCAUUA